UAGGAUUUCAAAAGGGCAGUGGGGCUUUUUUGUCAAAAGGGCACUUUCGACGCGCAGUAUUUUGUCAAAUGGGUACUUCGGAGCGAGCAAUCAUUUCAGGAAUGCUUCCUGUUGCAUGGGCAGGUACAGCUAAAUGGUUGUGAUACGUUUAUCAAAUCUACAAGAUGAUUGCUUCUUCACGUUCCACGCAGUCUGUACUCGAUCGAGAACACGUGGUUAACUAGAUGCAAUCCAAUCAAAUUAAUGUCAUCAUUAAGAAGCUUGAUUACGAUUCCUUUCGACUACCAAGAUGAAUGCUGAUUCUUGGCGUCUUUGUAUUACACAGCACGAUGACAUUUCAUAUUCAGCUUCCCGAUACAUGGCAAUAUGUCAUCGAGUACCGUAAGCUACUAUCAGAUAACAUGAGGACCUUCCGUGGCAAUAAGGAUUAAGGGCCCCACUGCAUUGUUCAUACCUUGGCAUGCUUAAAAAUAAUAACUUUAUAAUGCUAUUCCAUGCCUUAAGACGAUUUCAAGUGUACGAUUGGAGGGUUAAUUAAAAUGACAAUUUCUCGGUAUUGAUAGAAAUCGGUCGUAAAUCAAAUCUUACCUCAACAUAUAAAUUGGCUUUUCUAGCAGAAUAGGGUGUUUGUCAACAGUGAAUUGCUUUAUACAGAUCGUAAAAAAUCGCAAAUACUUUCAAAAGCUUUGCUGACUCUGAUACACAAGCUUCUGCCAAAUGAAUAAAACUGUAGGUGAGCCGACGAAAAAUGUGCAUGAAAUGACACAAGUAAAAAACGAAACGACAAUCGAUCCAUUUCUAGAAUCGAAAAUCAGAGUCUGGUACCGCGCGAACAACAAAAAACGAAAUGGCAAUAUGGCAAAGACGGACUUCAAGGAGAUGGCGGAGUGUUUCAUACGGGCAUUUGAACUCGGUCCCGAUGACGCUAGAACGGUCAGGAGUUGGCUGGUGGAUGGCUGGGCCACAAUGAUUGAGUACAUGGAUACCAUGGCACAGAGACAAGACGACACACGGAAGUCCGACACAAGAUCACGAAUGGACCCGCGCGAUCAGAUUCCUACGGCAAUCCAAAUGGCGCGUUACAUCGCUGAAGAGAAGACUAUAACCGAAGAGAUGUAUGUGCAAGCGUUCCGGGAGGUUCUCGUCCUAAACCCUUCCCCAUUUCUGGUCUACUUCACGCAUAUGGUAGAAGAUUUCUUCGACAUUUUCGACGAUGAUGGCGACAAUUCAAUUACAGAAGAGGGAAUGGUCAAGGGCCUGGGUUGCUUCGGAUUCGCGAACGCGGACAGCGUCCGCAACGUCUUUAAGGGUCUUGACGUCAACGGAAGUGGAAGGGUCGACCGGAAGACGUACGUUGCCGCCUGGGUUGAGUUCUUCCAGGGGACCAACCGUGACACGGUGAUGGCUAAACAUUUCACUCUGGACAUGUUUCCAUUUAAACAUUAAAUUAAAUGUUAGAGCUCUUUUAAACUUUUAGAAGAUGCAAAAAGUAUUUUUUAGGUAAACAUGACACGUUAUGCAAAUGUAGAUUCAGCUUAGGCUUACGUUUUGUUGCAAUAAAGAAUGUGUCGGCAUGCUCGUAUGGUAAUAUAUGUUUAACCCAUUUGUGCCUAGCGUCUGGAAAAAAGCCUUGGCAAACAGCGUAGACCAGAUGAGACGCCGCAUGAUGCGGCGUCUCAACAGGGUCUGCGCUGUUUGCUUAAACGAAUUUAUGUAAGAAAUGUUAUAAAUAUAGAAAUACGUAUACUAGACAUCCCUAAUUUUGGAAAUAUAUUGAUCCAAUUUAGAAGGAUGGGAGAGUCCUCUAGGCAUAAAUGGGUUACAGAUAAAGUUUAUUGAAUCAAUACUAGUUACACACUUAUAACAGAUGCACUGAAUGAAAUUACCCGUUUUGAGUCUUGACUUUGCUACAAUAAUUUACAUUAUCUUUGAUACAUAUUUAUACGAUUUAUAUGCCGCUGCAAAGUCAAUAACUUAUUUUAUUACUGGCUCCUUUCAUAUAUUUGCAAAUAUAAGGUGGCGAGCAUUGGUAUUUGUGCGUUAACAUAUCCACCGAUAAAAAGGUGCGAUACAUUAGUACACAACCAUUCAAUCAUGGAGUUAACAUACCAUGAUGUUUUAUGUCAUAUUAUACCCGGAUAUUAUAAAACAAGUUUUAAGCUCUUUUGUUAGUAAGUGUAUGAUUUAAAAGUGUGUUUUCGUCUUGUAAAAUAUAUUAAUCAGGCAUGUACUAAACAAAAUGAUGGUAAAAGUGAAUCCAAUUAACUUCACUUAGUGUAUCAAAACAUCUACGUAAAUAAAGUUGUGUGUG